GACGUAAUGGAAAUUCAUGCAUGUGGAGUGGAUUUCUCAGCGUCAUCAGAAAAAACAUCAAACGAGCGCGAAGGCUUCAGGACUGAUUCUGAUAUCAGUGGUCGAACCGAAAUUCGAGAACGAGAACUUCAUAAGUGGGCUUCAGAAGAUUCUGGGGAUGCUAUGAAAGGUCUAGAAGAUGAUAUAAAUCCAGAGUCUGAGAAUUCAAGUUGGGAUCAAUUUGCCGCAAAUGAAAAAUUGUUUGGAAUAAAAACUGAUUUCAAUGAAGAAUUAUAUACGACGAAAUUGGAUAGAUCAAGGGCCGACUUUAAAGAACGUGAGAGACAGGCUAUUGCUAUUGCCAAUGAAAUUACAAGGACAUCUACAACAAAUCCUCAUAUGCUCGAAGAACGUGGUUAUUUUGUGGAAGAUAACCAGAUGGAUGAAGAAGAAAAAUAUGGAGCAGUUGUGAGAAACAGGGAUCCGAGUAAAUAUAUGCCACCACCACUACGAAAGCUGCAGCUGGAGCAACAACAACAGCAAGCUCCCGUUGUGAAAAAACAAGAAAUAGUCAAAGAACCUAUCAAAGAUGUUAAAACAAAACCGACUGAAGAACCCAAAAACACAAAGCCAGUACCUCCUCCCUCAGCGGUUCCAGUUCCUUCCUCGCCUUCCCUGCAAAAAGUUAAUAAUACAUUCCCAACUUCGCCAUUAGCCCCUUUCAGGGUUGAAUCCGAUGUGACGAUACCAAAUCCUCAUACUCCAAGGAAACCCGAUACGGACGCAGACGGUAGACCUAUCGAAGCUGUGAUUGUGAAGACUUUUCGAAAGUUUGCUAACCAUGAAAAAGAACGUCUCCAACAAAGGAAACAGGCUAUAUUCAAAAAAGAGAUGGAUGGUAGAAUGGCUGAGUUGCUUAAAUGGGGGCAAAACUUUAAGUUAAAUUCACCGCUGCCAAAGGAUCUUAUCCCAAUCCUUACCAAAGACGAAACAAAACGUCAACAGCUGGCUGCAAAAUCAGAAGCAGCAAUUGAUGAUAGGCCAAAAGAAAAAACUUCCUCGACACCAACUUCUGAUGUAAAAAUAGAACUUUCAAAGCCAGUCAUUAAGAUUGAAGAGGAUAAAUCACAAUCUAGCGGGGAAUCAAAGACUGUUCCCGAAAAGGUCGCUUCAGACAAACCAACUUCUGCUGCCGACAAAGCACCUCCACAACUUUCUCCUUCUAGAACUCUUGCAACAACACCGACAAACACACAAUUUAAGUUGAAUGCGAAAGCAUCUGAAUGGAAGCCUAAUCCUAACGCGGCGAGUUUCACUCCGACUCCAAAUACCGCUGGAGACAAAAGAUCUCCGGGCUCCUCUCCUUUCUUUGGCAACCGUCAAUUGAGGAAAAAUACUGCAUCGUUAAAAGACGGAUUCUGUCCUUUUAAGAAAGGAAAAUCUCUGGAAAAUCCAAAUUCAAUUCCACCAACAUGGCCUUUCGGUCAAAAACCCUUUAGGCAUCAUUUCACUGUUACCACUAAUUACGAAGAAGAUAUUUAUACACAGGCUUCCGUAAAUCAAGGGUUCGGAUUUACGGCAUACCCCGUUCCACAUUAUCGUUUCACGGCCGGAACGCAGUUUGUUGGCGUUCCGCCUAUGCCAAUGCAACAAACGACACCUGUGCAGUAUAUGCCUGGGUUUGUGCCUGGUAUGCCUUUCACCACUGCACCCAUGCCACCAAACGGAGCUCCACCUACAAUAUAUAGCCCGCAGAUUCCACCGGUGAUUCCACAACAUUUUGGUUCUCAAGGAUUCCCUUCGCCAGGUCGUACACCAAUAGUUCCUACUGGUAUACACCCUCAGAUGUAUCCACCAUAUCAAAAUCCGCAUGGGUUACCACCUAUGAUGCGCUAUCCACAUGAAAUAGUCCCCCACGUCCCCCCAGCUGGCGUGAUGAUGAGUCAACGGCCCAUGAUGAUGGAGCAACAUUAUGAAACUGCUCCGAUGGAAGUGAUGCCAGUUUCGGAUCAGACAACAACGCAGUAA